GAUAGAACAGCCAUUGGGGGAAGUGCUGCACGCUAACUGUGGAGGGAUCUCUGGAGUGAAAAAAAAGACCUAAAAGAUUUAACUGUGGACAGAUUGUACCGGAUCCAAAAACAAUAUUCUGUGGAGAUCUAAAAAUAUUAUCCCGACUUAUUUAAGCUUGGACAUUGAAUCCGAGCGGACCGGAUAAGAUACUUGCACUGUGGGAGUUGAUCUGGGGAUACAAGCAGUGGAAAAACACUUUAGCUAGCCUAGCCAGCUAACUGAGCUAGGAACCAUCGAAAACCGGAGCCUCAGAUACACUGACCUGCUAGGCUCCGUGCGAAUCCAGGGACUUGCUUAAUGAAUUAUGUCUGCCACAAGCAUUGACCCUCAGAGAUCAAAGGGACAAGCAUCUAAAGUGCAAAAUGGUUCGCUGCAUCAGAAGGAGACUGUCCACGACAAUGACUUUGAGCCGUACCUCACUGGCCAAUCAACCCAGGUGCGUGACUGGCCGCAGAACAGCAGCUACCAGUCCAUGACCGACCCCUACCUGUCCAGCUACUACGCCCCCUCCAUCGGCUUCCCCUACCCCCUCAGUGAGGCCCCCUGGUCCACCGGUGGAGACCCCCCAAUCCCUUACCUCACCCCCUACGGACCCUUGAGCAAUGGAGACCACCACUUCAUGCCCGACACCGUGUUUGGCCAGCCUGGAGGGCUUGGCAGCAGCAUCUACCCCCACCGCUUUAACUUUUUCCCUGAGAACCCGACCUUCUCCGCCUGGGGCACCAGUGGCUCCCAGGGCCAGCAGACUCAGAGCUCAGCCUACGGUGGCAGCUAUAGCUACCCUCCCAGCUCCCUGGGUGGCACACUGGUGCCUGACGGCCAGACAGGCUUCCAUAGCGACACCCUCAACAAGGCCCCUGGCAUGAACAGCCUGGAGCAGGGCAUGGUGGGCCUGAAGAUCGGUGGUGACCUCACAGGCCAGGGGUCAGGAAUCAAGGCUGUGGGCUCUGUGAUUGGUGGACCGCCGGUCGUGGCACAGGGGAACGGGGGUACGUCCAUCGGUAUGCCCCCGCCGAAGCCCGCCUCCUGGGCGGCCAUCGCCAGUAAGCCGGCCAAACCCCAGCAGCUGAAGUCCAAGGUUAAACCAGGCAUGCCCAGCCCUGGGGGAACCCUGCCCCCUCCGCCCAUCAAACACAACAUGGACAUUGGCACUUGGGACAACAAGGGGCCUAUGAAUAAAGUGGCCCAAGCCCCCGUGCAGCAGCAGCAGGCUAUGAGCAUGCCCCAUGGCCACCCCAUGCAGCCCCAGACCCCCAUGCAGCAGAACCCCAUGCAGCCCCCUCCCCAGUCCCUGCUGCAGCAGCAAAUGCAGCCCAUGGCCUUACACCACCAGCACCCUCCUCAACCCUACCAACACCAGACCCAACCCCCACCUCCCCAGACCCGCUGGGUCGCCCCGCGCAACCGUAACCUUGGAUACGGACAAGGAGGGGCCGGCAUGGACGGUAGCAGUAUGAUUGGCAUAGUCAGCGGGGGUAAUGGCGGUCCCCCUGGUUCUGCCGGUAUGGUCCCUGGUGGAGUGGAGAACCACCCAGUGUUGGAGAAGCUGCGUGCCGCCCACAGCUACAACCCCAGGGUGUUUGAGUGGAACCUGAAGAACGGCCGUGUGUUCAUCAUCAAGAGCUACUCUGAGGACGACAUCCACCGUUCCAUCAAGUACUCCAUCUGGUGCAGCACCGAGCACGGCAACAAGCGCCUGGAUGGGGCCUUCCGCAGCCUCAACGGCAAAGGACCCGUUUACCUGCUGUUCAGCGUCAACGGCAGCGGCCACUUCUGCGGCGUGGCCGAGAUGCGCUCGUCCGUGGACUACGGGACCAGUGCCGGCGUGUGGGCGCAGGACAAGUGGAAGGGCAAGUUUGACGUGGACUGGCUGUUUGUUAAGGACGUGCCCAACAGCCAGCUGCGCCACAUCCGCUUGGAGAACAACGACAACAAGCCGGUGACCAACUCCCGGGACACUCAGGAGGUCCCUCUGGAGAAGGCCAAGCAGGUGAUGAAGAUCAUCGUGGGCUUCAAGCACACCACCUCCAUCUUCGACGACUUCUCCCACUAUGAGAAGAGGCAGGAGGAAGAGGAGGAGGUACGCAAGACCUUUGAGCCGCCUGCACCCAUCCAGAACCGUUCUCGGCUGGAACAGGAGCGCCAAAACAGGAGUAAACAGCAGUAGAAGACAUUUAUCCUUGGCUUGAUCAACAGUUACACUAGGACAUUCGAUUUAAGAGACAGAAUAAUUCAGAAAUUAUAUUUAAAAAAAAAAAAAAAAGUAUUCUUUUUUCUAUUUAAUCCUGGUGAAUUUCUGCCACCACCGUGGAGACUUGUGCUUUCCGGCCCCAGGUACCACCCAUCACCUCUUGUGCAGGGAUAACAAGCCGAGUUCAUGUAUUACCUAGCCACCACCAUCAAUCACAUUGUUUUAGUUCUGAUUGACUUUGUUUUUUUACAUUCUCUCCCAUAUACUCUUUCUCGUCAGACUGGAUUUGUUUUUGACCUCUCCUGGCCCCUCCCUAAUAACUCUUCCUGGAUUUGUUUUUGACCUCUCCUGGCCCCUCCCUAAUAACUCUUCCUGGAAUUGAAUCAGGGUUUGACAGCACCAAGGAGAAGAGAGAAUAUCUGCCACUUUAUAUUUCUGUACAAUCAGGAACUGCCGUGUCCUGCCCCUGUUUGUCCAUUGGGGGGCGGUGUUGCCAUCCUUCAGAGGUUUAACUGUGCCAACAGGGUUGGAGGAUCCCAAAGGCAAAAAAUGUUCGGACUUAGAACUGUGUGUGAUAAUGAGACUUCAGCGGUUUAUCUAUUUUUCAUUCAAGAUCAACAAAGUCUAUAUUUUAUGGCUUACUACUGACAAUUUUCAGUUCAGAAAGAUGAUUUUUCUGGAGCCUUAAUAUUUUGUUUUCUAGUUAUUGAUGACUUGUCAAAAGAAUCUUUAACUGACAGUGCUGGAGAAAUCAGGGAUAGUCUGAAGUCAGACUUGGGACAUUUCAAAGGAGGAAGUGUGCAAAGGCCUCUGGGAAGGAAGUAACUGAUGGGUGUCCUCCACGACGAUGGAGCUCUCACCAUCUGAAUUGAAAAUUAUACUAUUUUACAUCCCUAACACCCUUCCACUUUGUUUUGAUAAAUGGCAUUUGUCUUGAAGAAGUUGUGUCAUUAUCAGGAGAUUAUGUUCACGUACUCAAGCCAGUCUGAGAGAAAUGUAGCAUUCACCAUUUUAAAUGAAUUAUUUUAUAGUUGGAAUGAUGUGCUGUAACUGCUACAUAUGAAUGAAUUGUUUCUCUAUUUGGAAAAAUCACUUGGGUUAAUUAUCCGUUCAUCAUAAUUCUGUCUUAAUCUGUUGUUUUUCUUUGACUUUCUUCUCAAAAUGUGUUUUUUCUGUAAAUCUCAUGUUCUUGUUAAUGCUAAGAUUUAACUUAGGAGCCUGUAGUCAUGGAGAUGACCUGAAAUGAGCAACUGAUUUACUAUCAAGAGUAAGAAAACAAAUAAGAACUAAAUAUGGUUUCUGUGUUUUUUGUUGGUCAAAGUCAUUGAAAAUAAGUCAGUGGUAUCAGGAAUUAUCUAUCCAUCAAGAUUGAUUGGUGGUUGAACAUUGAAUGAUAAACAAUUAUCACAAUUAUCCCUAAUUAAUAGCCCACAGUGUGCAAUCAUGCAGGCUGCAAUCACAGUUUGGUAACCUUGAUUACAUUGUGGUUAAACACUAUACAACCCUUUUGAGUAAUGGUUGGCACAACAAUUUCUUUCUAGUACAGUUCCUUUAUUGACAGUACAGCAUUAUUUCCUUUGUUCUCUUACUGAUCUCAGACAAGCUGGAUUCCCAUUCUGCACAGAAAGACUGGGUAGAAACUGUUCUGUGUGCCAUUCAGUCCACUCUCUAGUGCUGUAGGUUUAUUCUGACUUGAGCAUUAAACCUGGAAUUCUGUGACAGUGUGUGUGAGCAAGAGAGAGACGUGGAUGUGAAUGCUGUCCCUCACUGUUACUGCACAUCAGUGGAGGAGCUAUAGGAGGACGGGCUCAUUGUAGUGGCUGGAAUUAAAUAACUGGAACGGAGUCCAACGUGGUUUCAAUAUGUUUGAUACCGUUCUAUUGAUUCCAUUCCAGCCAUUACAAUGAGCCCGUCGUCCUAUAGCUCCUUCCACCAGCCUCCACUGCUGUACAUGAGCGUGAACCCGCAUCUUUUGUGUUCAUGGAGUUGUAACAGCGUUGUUUCUUGCCAUGUGCCUGGAUCAGUUCCAGACUUGCUGGAUGUUUGUGUAUCACCACAGCCCAGUCUCAGAUGUUGCGUAGCUGCUCUUUUCCCUGGCCGGUGUAGUGUAGCCCCUGUAUGUCUGGAGACAUGACCUUUGACUUCGUACAAGGGACGUCCGGGUGCAUCUCAAUAGUCUAAAGUGGCUUCCUUCCUCUCCUCCAUCUACAGUAAUGUGAAAACUGAGUUAAAGCCAUAUGGGGUGGAUGAUUUCUAUGGUGUUUUCUUCCACAAGUUGUCUUUCACACCAGUAUAGAUGAAGGAAAGGAGACAAGUGGAGGAAGCCACUUUAGAUUAUAGACAUUGCUGUUUUUCUUUCGGUCAAGAAGCAUGAAAUGGAUGUGAUGCCUAUAGUUCAGGACUUACAUGCACGUGUCGAGUUGUUUGCUGCAAUAGAGGGCCAUGUGUAUGGUUCUAAAAUAAAGGAUAUGUCUACUACACUAAAGGAAUAAUGACGUGAUAUAAAACAAAUAUUAAUACAAUGAAUUAUUGUAUAGACUUGCAAGUAAACCACUUUAGCUAUAUCAGUGGGAUCAACCUGUAAGGUUUUGAAAGCUCUAUCUUGGUUUAUUAUAUUUUUUCCUUUAGAAAAAAUCAAGCCUUAAUAAACUGUAUAUUUAGCAACAA